AUGAUACCGCCGGAGCUCCAAGCGCGGCCUUUCCGACCAUAUAUAGCAUCCUCCGUAAGUGCCCCUUCUUUCUCCGCCUUCAAUAAUGGCCGCUCUUACUCUCCUGACCGAAACCCUAGCCCUAGCAGCCACUUCCAUUCGUCUCCUUCCUCCUCCACUCCUUCUAGAUCUCGGUUCUUGCCAUCUUCCUUUGCGCACAACACCAGAAUCGCCAUCGCUCUGGUCCCCUGUGCUGCCUUCCUCCUCGACCUCGGGGGCGCCCCCGUGGUGGCUAUCCUAACUCUUGGCCUUAUGGUCGCUUACAUCCUUGAUUCCUUAAGCAUCAAAUCCGGUGCAUUCUUCGGAGUGUGGUUCUCUCUUAUCGCCGCUCAGAUCGCCUUCUUCUUCAGCUCGUCUCUCAUCACCACCUUCUAUUCGGUCCCUCUGGGCCUUCUCGCCUCUUUCCUUUGCGCCUACGCUAAUUUCUUAAUCGGGGUAUGGGCCUCCCUUCAGUUCAAGUGGAUCCAGCUGGAGAACCCUACCAUUGUCCUUGCUCUAGAGCGCCUCUUGUUCGCCUGCGUCCCAUUCACGGCUUCUUCCCUCUUCACCUGGGCCACUGUAUCCGCAGUUGGGAUGAUUAACGCUUCUUAUUAUCUCAUGGUCUUCAAUUGCAUUUUCUAUUGGCUUUUUGCAAUUCCUCGUGUUUCUUCCUUUAAAUCCAAACAGGAAGCGAAAUAUCAUGGGGGAGAGAUUCCCGAUGAUAAUUUUAUCCUCUCCCCUCUCGAGAGUUGUUUUCAUACUUUAAACUUGCUCUUUGUUCCUCUAUUAUUUCAUAUUGCAUCUCACUAUUCAGUAAUAUUUUCUUCGGGUGCUUCUGUUUGUGAUUUAUUUCUUCUCUUUUUCAUCCCUUUUUUGUUCCAACUCUAUGCGUCCACGAGGGGCGCGCUUUGGUGGGUUACGAAGAAUUCGGACCAGCUCCAUAGCAUACGAGUUGUAAAUGGUGCUGUUGCACUGGUUAUUGUCGUGUUAUGUUUGGAGAUUAGAGUUGUAUUCCAUUCGUUUGGGCGGUAUAUUCAGGUUGCUCCGCCAUUGAAUUAUCUUCUUGUGACUCUGACUAUGCUUGGAGGGGCUGCUGGAGUAGGUGCUUAUGCUCUUGGUAUGAUUUCUGAUGCUUUCAGCUCAGUGGCUUUCACUGCUUUAGCUGUAAUUGUCAGCGCAGCAGGGGCAAUUGUUGUAGGAUUUCCCAUUUUGUUCCUCCCAGUUCCUUCAGUUGCCGGCUUUUAUCUGGCUCGUUUUUUCACAAAGAAAAGUGUGACGUCAUACUUUUCCUUUGCUAUACUUGGAAGUUUGAUGGUCAUAUGGUUUGUGCUGCAUAAUUUCUGGGAUCUAAACAUUUGGUUAGCAGGCAUGUCCUUGAAGUCCUUUUGUAAACUCAUAGUUGCGAGUGUCAUGCUAGCCUUGGCUGUUCCUGGUUUAACUCUUCUACCGUCACAGCUUCACUUUUUAGUUGAGGCUGGUUUAAUCAGCCACGCAGUGCUUUUAUGCCAUAUUGAAAAUCGUUUUUUUAAUUAUUCGGGCAUAUACUUCUAUGGACUGGAGGAUGAUGUGAUGUAUCCGAGCUAUAUGGUUAUUAUGACAACUUUUCUGGGUUUGGCUCUGGUGAGAAAGUUAUCCGCAGAUCAUCGUAUUGGACCCAAGGCAGUUUGGAUUUUGGCAUGCUUAUAUUCUUCGAAGUUGGCCAUGCUGUUUAUUUCUUCUAAAUCAGUUGUUUGGGUUUCAGCUAUAUUAUUACUGGCCGUUUCUCCCCCGUUGCUUCUUUACAAGAAUAAGUCACGAACAGCCUCAAAGAUGAAACCAUGGCAAGGUUACGUGCAUGCUAGUGUGGUUGCUCUCUCUGUAUGGUUUUGCCGUGAAACAAUUUUUGAAGCUCUCCAAUGGUGGAACGGGAGGCCCCCAUCUGAUGGUUUACUUCUGGGCUUCUGUAUUGUUUUGACAGGAUUGGCUUGUGUACCAAUAGUUGCUCUGCACUUCUCUCAUGUCUUGUCUGCUAAGAGAUGCCUAGUGCUAGUGAUGGCAACUGGUGCAUUAUUCAUUCUAAUGCAACCACCAAUCCCAGUGGCAUGGACUUAUCAUUCCGACAUAAUCAAAGCAGCUCGUCAAUCUUCUGAUGACAUCUCUAUCUAUGGGUUCAUGGCAUCAAAACCUACCUGGCCAUCUUGGCUGCUUAUUGUGGCAAUUCUACUUACUUUAGCAGCUGUGACAUCCAUCAUACCCAUAAAGUACAUGGUGGAGCUGAGAACAUUAUACUCCAUUGCUAUGGGGGUUGCUCUUGGAAUAUAUAUAUCUGCCGAGUACUUCCUACAGGCUGCAGUUCUGCAUGCCCUUAUUGUUGUAACUAUGGUUUGUACCUCUGUAUUUGUUGUCUUCACCCAUUUUCCAUCUGCUUCAAGCACAAAGCUGUUACCUUGGGUGUUUGCUCUACUUGUAGCCCUCUUUCCUGUGACAUAUCUAUUGGAAGGUCAGGUGAGAAUCAAAAGUAUCCUUGAAGAUGGUGGGGUUGCAGACAUUGGAGAAGAAGAUAGGAAGCUCACAACUCUACUGGCUGUUGAGGGAGCAAGAACAUCUCUUCUUGGUUUAUACGCAGCAAUCUUUAUGCUUAUAGCACUGGAGAUAAAGUUUGAACUUGCCUCAUUAAUGCGCGAAAAGAAUCUUGAAAGGGGUGGAAUGAGACACAGCCAAUCUACUCAAAGCAGUUCUGCUGGUUUUGCUCCACGAAUGAGGUUCAUGCAGCAACGCCGUGCCUCUGCAGUGCCAACUUUCACAAUCAAGAGAAUGGCUGCUGAGGGAGCCUGGAUGCCUGCGGUUGGUAAUGUUGCCACAGUAAUGUGCUUUGCAAUAUGCCUGAUCCUGAAUGUCAACCUGACAGGGGGUUCAAACCAGGCAAUAUUCUUCCUUGCUCCUAUUCUGCUGCUUCUGAACCAGGACUCUGAUUUUGUUGCUGGUUUUGGGGACAAACAGAGGUAUUUCCCUGUUGUGGUGGCUAUAUCGACCUAUUUGGUGUUGACAGCCCUAUACAGCAUAUGGGAGGAUGUCUGGCAUGGGAAUACCGGGUGGGGCAUUGAGAUUGGAGGUCCUGACUGGUUCUUUGCAGUGAAGAAUGUAGCCCUUCUCAUUCUAACAUUCCCCAGUCAUAUCCUGUUCAACAGGUUCGUGUGGAGUUACACAAAGCAGACAGACUCGACAUUGCUGAUCACUCUGCCCCUUAAUCUUCCAUCCAUAAUAAUAUCAGAUGUGAUAAAGAUUAAGAUAUUGGGGAUCUUAGGAAUUAUUUAUACCAUAGCCCAGACUAUAAUCUCUAGACAGCAAUAUAUCUCGGGAUUGAAGUAUAUUUAGACGAAUACAAAGUGUACAAUAUGUUCUGGCAAUUUUCAAGUGGGGUGUUAAAAUUUCAGGUUCAGCUUGACUCAGAUUUGCCUGCUUGUUCUCAACUUCAAUGGGUAAAGAUUGCAUGGCCUUUUCUAACUUUUUUUUAUUUUUUAUUUUUUUGGGUUUUUGUCUAAUAGCAAGUUAUUGAACAAAAAGGUGUAGUCAGAAAAUUCUUGCUUGUCAGUAAACCUGGCCGCAGUUAGUUCUUUUUCCCCAUCUUUUUUUAAGCAUCACAAAUAAUGACUAGUGGUCCACAUGUAUGGGGAAAGGGUAGAGUGAGCAUUUUGAUCGGAGUGAAAUUCUUUUAGGGUUAAAGUCGGUAGGAAAUGUUGUUGUAAAUUAUUUAGUAUUAUUAUCACAAAUGUCCGUUGGAAUCAAUUAUUGUUCAUGAUCA